GAGCCGAGUGAUUGACCUCCUCCCACUCAGCGACCCGCCAGAGCUCGUUUGUUACGAGCCAACGCCUUGCGUCCCGCGUGCCGACUCAUUGCUCUUCUUUCGCGCGAGCCCAAUCAUGAAUUCGACGUCAUCGGUCUCUACGAAGGCGCCCUCGGCUCCUGCACCAGCGAAUCACUCGCCAUCCGCCCCUCCAUCCUCGAACAGCGGCUUUGAAACGAACCGCCGCCAGAACCAGGGCGUGAUACUACAUCCUCAGGCGGCACCGAGGAAGAGUCAGGGCGCAAGGAAGCAGCACCGGAAUCAGAGGCGGGCUGGAACGAAAGGCGGUUCGAGACACCUCGACGACGAAGACACAAUGACCGAGAUUCGGGCACUGCGGAACGCCUCCAGCAGGCGUGGUCAGAUGUCCAUCACGCAUCUGAUGAGCUACGCCUUGCCACCUCGCCCACACGAGGAACACCACAGCUCGUACUCGCGCUCCUACCGGCGCAACCCGUCCUGGGGCGUGGGCUCGGGCUACCACGCCGCCGACAAGGCUCGCUACAUCCAUGCAAACUAUCGCUUCGUCGUCAACCCCGGCGGGACAUAUACCGCCCAGGCGGCCGACGCCGACGAGCACCUUGACUGGAACGAUGUGCUUCAGGUUAUUGCGUCGGCCGAAUCCCAGCAGACGUCAUGUCCCAUCUGCCUCUCCGAGCCGGUCGCACCUCGCAUGGCAAAAUGCGGCCACAUAUUCUGCCUGCCCUGCCUGAUGCGUUUUAUGAACACCAUUACGAGUGACGAACCGGGAAAGAAGCAGACUCGGUGGAGGAAGUGCCCUAUCUGUGAGGACUCAAUCUACUUGUCGGAUGUGCGCCCCGUCAGGUUUUACGCCGGCCAGGAGUCUCCGCUGCCGCGUAAGGGUGACGAUGUCAUCCUCCGUCUUAUGAUGCGGUCCUCGACAAGCACACUGGCGCUGCCAAAAGAAAGCGCGGCCGAAGUGCUCCAGUCCGGCGAUGAUGUUCCGUGGCAUUUCGCGGCCAAUGUCAUGGACUAUGCCAGGAUCAUGAAGGGGACGAGUGGCUACAUGGCCGAGCAGUUCGACCGCGAGGUUGAAGACCUCCUCAAGCAGGAACAGGAGGAUGAGCUCCUGUACCAAGAGGACAACGAGUGGACACAGAAGGCUAUCAGGGCAAUCAAGACGGCAAAGGAAAAGCUAGCUGAGCUGAGCGAGGCAGAAAAGGUGGCUGCUCUGGCCUCAACUCCGGGACCGAAGCAGUCCAAGCAGGCCGAGCAGGACUUCUACUUCUACACGUCUCCGCCACAUCUCUACCUGUCGCCGCUGGACAUCCGGAUCCUGAAGACGAGAUACGGGUCCUUCUCAGCCUUCCCCUCCACCCUCCUCCCAAGAGUCGAGCACAUCUCAACCGGUCACACGGUCGAUGACGCUUUGCGAAAACGGGCGAAGUAUCUCGGCCAUUUACCUCGAGGAUGCUUGAUCAGCUUUCUUGAAUGCGACUGGACGGACAUCGUUCCACCUGAAAUCCUGGAUAGUUUUUCCGAGGAGAUAGAGCGCCGCCGUAAACGGAACCGAGAAAAGGCGACGCAGGAGGAGCGUGAGCGGCUUCAAGCAGAAAGGCUCGAGGCAGCCGCUCUUCGUGAUGCGCGGAGGAAUUUCGGAGCCAUUGAUGAGGAGGUGACUGUGCGUUUCGGAAACACCGGCUUGGACGAGCCAGUAGUCGAUAUGAACGACUUCAUACCUCUUGGGGCUGAAGGCGCAAGUCCGCCUAACCCGAGGACCGGCUUUUCUUCUUUGUCGAACAUCAGCACCAGCCCCUCUGGCCGGAGGACUGUCUGGGGGACGCCGCUGGUUGGACCUCCCCCAGAGGCCCUUCCAGCGACCCAGUCACAGGUGGAUGACGGAUGGUUGAAGGAUGAUGUUGUGUUGGAAACGUUGGGGGCUGCCGACAUUGCUAUGCAGCUGGAGGCGUUAAAGGUGGAGUCGAAUGGUGAAGGUAGCUCAGCGGUUCAGGCUGCUGGGUCGGGUGGCGGGGGCAAGAAGAAGAAGAAGCAGAAGAUCACGUUGAUGAGCACUGGCGGUCGGCGGGGUCUUUAGGCAGUGUGGCCGUUACCAAAUCUCGAAAGGGAAUGGGGGGAAAUGGGGUAGAAGUCCUCGUGGAAGUCCGACCCCCGCGAGAAAGGCGCGUAUUGGAUUAGAGAAGAACGAGCCCGGUGAAACAAUGCAUGCAGGCUGAUGGCGCUCACGGCGCCUCUAAGGGAUGGAAAUUUCUACUUGGUACUUUCAAGGACUUGGGUUGGGUUCAUCCCGCACAUCAUAGGUACGGUUGUGCACCGCGUAGUUUUUGCCACUCCGUUACCUGCUUUGUUGGC